UCGCCAAUAUAACUCCUAAAAUUCCUCCGGCUGAUGGACAAGAACUGGUGGAUAAUAUCCUCAGAAGAAUUGAAGUGUUAUUGGGAGAUUUACCCCAAGCUCAGAUUAUGGCCCGGGAGAGAACUAUUAAAGCCCAAAAGUGCCAGAAAGAAUGUCAUGACCAAAGAUACCCAAUCGAAAGUUACUUCAUUGGUGACAAGCUUUGGAGAUCUCUUGGGCUUGGUCAAUGUGAAUGA